CGAAGGUUCUUCGUAAAAGGAACCACCGACGGCCUUAUUCUACUCCCUAACGCUCAGUGUCUUGUUGAUCAAUGACGAUUAGGAUAUUCAAGACCGAAGAGAAAUAUUUGCGUUUACAACAAAUUAUUGUCAAACCGAAAAAGUGUGCGAAGAGAGGCAGCCAGCCGGCUUCUACCACAGCCAGCACAGCACACUCAUGCAUAUAUCUAACUCGCGUACAUGAACUGAACUUUUACUUUACUCACAAUGGCAUUGCCACAACCGAUGAUCCGGAUGGCUUCAGAACAACAGCCCAUCGACAAGAGACACGUCUUAUUUUACCCCUCUCAAUGAGUAAAUGGGCCCAGACCUCUCAGUAAGGGUCUUUGAUAGAUACAUACAAUACGAUAUGUAUGUAGAGGCACACAUGACAUGACAUCAGCUCGAGCUAGAUUCAAUCACACGCGACGCGGCAGGGCCAUACGGAUAACAACCGUUUUGGCACUAGGAAGUAACCUAGUGCGAAGCCUGAGCCUGUGAGGGUGUUGCGGCAGCUGUAAGGCGUUUCUACAGCGCACUCGAGAAUGUCUGUCUAGUCGGGUCGGGUGACAGGGCCAGACAUGGAAGGGGAAGGGCCUGAUUAUCAGUUGCUGCAGCGUGUGGGCUUCACCGCUGCAGAGGCGGGUUGGUGGUGGUGGUGGGUGGUCCGAGGUUGUUCUCGUCAGAUUCUGGAAGAGUCAAGAGUCAGAGUCGAGGGUGAGUGAAUCUUGUUUUGGUGCAGACGACCACAAUGAUCAAGGCGAAGUAAGUACCGCGGAUCAGUUUCCUUUAAGAGAAUACAGUACACCCUCGUCUCGGUUACCAGCUGUAUGUACUCUACAGUAGCUGUAUCUUGCCGGGUCGUCCAAUGCCUGUAGUCCAGCCCUGUCAAACUUGUCAAGCCUGUUGGAGUCUGUGUUCUGUUACUGUUGAUACCAGAAAAGUUGCAGGUUGCAGGUUGCAGAAUCCCAGUUUUUGAUCAUCCCUGCCUAUCCCCAACCCUUUUUUCUUCCCUUUCUUCCCUUCGACCCAUGACGUGGAGUAUCUCAUCCACCUCGUGGUCCUCUUGAUUGGACUUCCACUCUAACCUGCAGCUUGGAAGCCACUUUUGGCCAGGGAAGCGGUAAGGCCUUGACUGUGUCUGUCUCGGCUUUACUACGUACAUAAUUACGACUGACUGACUUGACUUGGCUGACUUGACUCGACUUUACUUAUGUACCUUACCUUACCCUGACUGAACUCUCCCUCUCUCCCUCUGCGCAGCUUGCACGAUUCGCAUUUGCUUUUUCCUACACAUACAUACAUAACUUCGUCAUAUAACAUACCUCACAUAUCUCUCCCAUGUUUGUCUUCCAUGGCUGCGAAAUCCCCAGAAUUCACCAACCAACGUGACCUAUAUCAACCAAGAUACGCUUAACACCCACACGAGUUUCAAUUCACCUCAAAUUCUCACCCCAAGCGCCCUUGACGACGAUCCACGCUUGUCACUCACCUUGCAUUCUAACUAAAUGCUACAUCCUGAAACCGCGGCUCUCAACACCAAUUUAUGUUCACCGCCCGCCAUGGACAAUACUCUCACAAGAAGUCACAGUUUGAAGCCUCCCAGGCGCAAACUCCAAAAACCUGACCCGAAACUCAAAAGCCUCAACAAAGCUAAGCGCGGUUCUACCGACUCGACCAUGUCUAGCCUCAGCCCUCAGAGCACUAUGUCUUCACCGUCGCAACGGCAAAUUCAGAACGGCGCUCCCGAUUUGAGCGAUUCAAAAUGGGAUCAUUAUCUUCGGCCAAAGACCGUCUUUGUGCCCUCAUUUUCAGAGCCCGAGGACCAUCUUCAGCCAGAGAUCAAUUCACCAUAUGAACCUCCUCAGCAACACCAACAGCACCAUCAGUACCAACAUGAGCCUGAACCCGAGCCGCCGAGGGCGUUCUUCAGUUCCCCCCCCACGAAGACAGUCUUCUCAGCGCCAAAUCCCGGAAUUCCACCAUUUGACCCUCCAGGAUCACCAUCCGCGACCAUCAUUGGACAGCUCUUCUCUCCCUUCGACCGCAUCAACUACCUCGACAUCAUCUAUUAUGCGACGCCAGGCCAAAACACCCGUCUUUCGAAUCGGACAACUAGAACAGCAUGCACUUGCGCGCAAGGCGAAGGAUGUGCCGGAAAAGACAUCGAGUGCUGAAUUGAUCGCUGAUCAAUAUAAUGCUGUUCUCGAGUCGAGAGAUGGUCCCCCAGCGCUGGACUCACAAUUACCAUCACGGGCAUCGACAUAUUCAUUCGACGAUACCCCUCUUCAAAUAUCCCCCCACGGAGUCAAGCGACAGAGUUUACGGUCCUCAAAUACGUAUUCAUCCAUGACGGCUAUACCCCGUCAGCUGAGGCCCAGACUCAGGUCAGCAGCGACUCAUGAUACGAAUGUGGCUGCGGUUGAAGGAGACACUAUUUACUUCAAGCCAUAUUCAUUCUCACCACCGCCAUCUCCCGAUCAGACCCCCGGAACACCACGAGGUUCUUGGACAGAUGAAUUCCGACCACCUUCAUCAUCGGGGCACUCAUUCCAGGAAAAUAUCAGCCUUCAAAUAGCGCUCGAUCUCCUCACAAGCGAACUUUCAUCGGUUGUGUCAGGCCGACCACAGCGAAACGGACAAGAUACCGCAGCACUGCAGGUCUGGGUUAUGAUCGAGGCAUACGAGAGGCUACGCGAUCAACUAACACGACAACAAUCAUCAAACGCGGAGGCACAAAAAGUGGCAACCAUGUUCGACUGCUGGUUGGCCUCCCUUUACUCGAUCCAUUCCUCCCUCACAGAGAGCACAUUGCCCAGUCCCACAGAAUAUGCAGGACUAGAAGAAGAUUUGGAUUAGACUUGAGACAGACAUGAUGUACACGAGGACAUGUGUACGCAAAUAACGAAACAUUAUGGUUACUGGCGUUAUGGGCGCGGCCAGGGGGAAUAGCCUGGCAUUGGAUAGGAUAAGAUAGGACAUGACAGGACCAGGCAAAAGCGGCUGGAGCUGCAGAUGGGAUAGGAUAGGAUUGGUUGGGAGAUACCUGGAGGAACUUGUUUUUUAGUUACUGCACUUUGAAUUUACCCUGAUCAAUUGAGUUUUGGUGCGUAUCGUUG